AACCAUUCUGUACCGUAACCUCCCAUGAACACAUUCAUUGGCAAGCAAGUAGAAGCAAUAUUGGCACUGAAAUUCUAACCUAAAAAAUUAAGUGUAGAAAUAUUGUUGUAAAUUUAUUCUUUAAUAAUCUGACAUAAAUUAUAUAAAUAUUUAAUCUAACAUGGUAGCAAUUGUUUGUAAUCUCGAAAAAUAUUACAAAAAGAAAUGUUCAUUUGGAAAGGUAUGCCAUAUAUGUAGCAGCCGUGUUGUCUUAGUAGGUUUUCCAGGGAAUGUCAGGAAAGGAGCAGUUCCCAACAAGUGGGAUAGGAAGUAUAGCUCUCAAUCUAGCUGCUGGCUCGGAUGAUGUUGGAUGUGAACCACUGGAGAGUGCUCAGAUUCAACAAUGGGUAGAAUACAUAUCCAUGUACUGUAAUCAACUUCAAACGGCUGUUGUAUCUUCCAACAUUUUAAAGGAAUUGAAUAACUGCCUUUCAAGGCGAACCUACAUAGCAAGCAAUAGAAAAACUGUGGCUGACAUUGUGAUAUUCUUCUCCCUGUGGAAUGUUAUUGCUUCACUAACAUUCCAAGAAAAGGAAAAGUACCUGAAUCUAUCACGAUGGUUCAACAAUAUUCAAAACGACGAAAAAAUUGUAGAUAUGUGCAAACAAAUUACCUUUAGUAGAACGCUCUUGUAUUAAAAUUAUUAACGAUAAAUAGGUCUCUUAUUAAAAAUGUAUUAUUCCCGAAAAAAAUUAGAAAAAUCUUCUUAUAUUCUAUUUUUUUUUAAUGUUUGGGCAGUUUUUACAAUAUAGGCAGUGGAAACGUAUGUUUCACGACCAGCUAGUAAGCGGUGAGGAUAGGUUGUAUCGUGUAGGCUGUAUGAACAUUGAACGAAUGUUACUAUACUUCUAAUGUUGUUCCAGUGUGUUCGUUAUUAACCAGAACUUUAGAGCAACCACUUUUGUUGGGGAUUCGCCUUAUGUCUGUGUGUGGGUAAUGAAAUGGAUGACUAAACUAUAAUUUUAGGUGAUUUUUUUCUCAAUAAGAAGGCAUAGCUGUAUUCGAAGCAAUGGUCAAAUUUAAAUCUACAUCAAUAGCUCUUCUAGCUAGGUGGAACUAGUUCAGCUUAACUAAAUUAACUUGCACUGGUAUCUAGUUAGAUACACUAAUAACAUAGAGAAAAGAUGACAUGGUAUAGGUAGUUUAUGUUUCAAAUUUCAAGCCGAUCACUGUAGACUACUGUCUUAUAUAACUUUUUGGCCGAGUGAUAGUGUAAGAACGGCACAAUAUGAGAAACUACUAGCGUCAUAUAGUUUCACGAGAGAGAGCUACUAGGACUGUGGGCUUGAGUUAACAGUGAAAAUCGGAACAUAAUCGCCUUAAAUCAUACGAUAUAUUUUUAUGCUAUCCUUUCUCUAUGCUAAUAGCUAGAUGUAAAGUACUAGUGAAUAAUGAGCUUCAUGAAUUAUGUUUUGUUGUGCACAAAAAAUGAUUCUUGUUACUGAUUAAAUAAGGUAAAUAAAUUUAUUUACUCCUCAAA